CAAUAAUUUCAACGAAUCAAGAACUAGAAGUUACAUGGACUUGCCUUUGCAGGUGUGUUUGGGAAGUGCUGGUACACUGGACAUGGAUGGCAAACAACUGCCACGGCUUGUGUAUGUUUCGAGGGAGAAGCGCCCCGGCUAUCGACACCACGAGAAAGCUGGUGCUAUGAAUGCUUUGGUUCGAGUUUCUGCUGUUCUUAGCAAUGCUCCUUUUGUGUUGAACUUGGAUUGUGACCAGUAUAUCAAUAAUAGCAAGACUAUAAGGGAGGCUAUGUGCUUCUUAAUGGAUCCUCAGCUUGGAAAGAGGAUUUGUUUUGUCCAAUUUCCAAGAAGGUUCGAUGGCAUCGAUAACAAUGAUCGAUAUGCUAAUCGCAAUACCGUGUUCUAUGAUAUCGUGAUGAAAGGACUUGAUGGGAUUCAAGGCCCAGUGUAUGUUGGCACUGGUUGUGUUUUCAAUAGGCAGGCAAUAUAUGGCAAUAAACCGCCAUCUGAUAAAAAGCCGAAGACAAGCCAGUCUUCAUGCUGCUGCUGCUGCUGUUCUGGUGAUGAUUCUGGGUCCACGUUUGAUCUUGAAGAGAUUGAUGAAGGACUUGAAGGGUUUGAAGAGAAAGAGGAAACAUCUUUCAUUUCAAUGAAAAACUUUGAGAAGCAAUAUGGAAUGUCACCAGUUUUGAUUGCUUCUGUUUUGAUGGAAGAUGGUGGACUUCCAAAAGUGACCAAUACACAGUUGCUGAUUAAGGAAGCAAUUCAUGUUAUUAGCUGUGGUUAUGAAGAGAAAACUGAAUGGGGCAAAGAGAUUGGGUGGCUUUAUGGCUCAGUGACAGAAGAUAUCUUAACAGGAUUUAACAUGCAUUGUAGAGGGUGGAAAUCAGUGUACUGCAUGCCAAAGAGAGACGCUUUUAAAGGAUCUGCUCCUAUAAAUCUAUCUGAUAGAUUACACCAAGUUCUGAAAUGGGCUCUUGGUUCAACUGAGAUUUUCUUUAGUGGCUAUUGCCCAUUGUGGUAUGGUUAUACUGGUAAACUAAAAUUGCUACAGAGGUUGGCUUACACUAAUACUAUUGUUUAUCCUUUCACUUCCAUCCCUCUCUUGGUGUACUGCACGAUUCCAGCCGUCUGUCUUCUGACUGGAAAAUUCAUUGUUCCAGCGUUAACAAAUGUUGCUAGCAUUUGGCUAAUGGCUCUGUUCACCUCCAUGAUCUUAACGUGCGUGCUAGAGCUCCGGUGGAGUGGGGUAAACAUUCAGGACUGGUGGCGCAACGAGCAAUUCUGGGUGAUCGGCAGCGUCUCCUCGCACCUCUUUGCCGUGUUCCAAGGUCUCCUCAAAGUUGGUGGAGUACACUCUAACUUCACAAUCAGAGCAAAAUCCACAGAUAACAACAGUGUAUCCAAUCAACUCUAUCUCUUCAAAUGGACAACUCUUAUGAUACCACCAAGAAGUCUUGUUAUCUUGAACAUGGUUGGGAUUGUGGCCGGAAUAUCUGAUGCCAUUAACAAUGGAUAUAACUCAUGGGGACCUUUGUUUGGGAAGCUUUUCUUUUCUUUUUGGGUCAUUAUUCAUCUAUAUCCUUUCCUUAAAGGUCUAAUGGGAAGGCAGAACAGAACACCUACCAUUGUUGUCCUCUGGUCAAUACUUUUAGCAUUGGUUUUCUCAAUGAUUUGGGUGAGAAUUGAUGUGUUCUUGCCCAAGAAAACAGGUCCAGUUCUAGUACAAUGUGGGUUAGAAUGCUAAGGUAAUGGUGGAGAUAAAAUCAGGGCUAUGUUCUAUUUCUUCCCAUUUCCUUGUUCUUUUUUUGCUGGAGAAUACUGCUUUCGGGCGUCUUUGUGAGUCUGGUUUUGAAGGAAACGGAAGGGAAUGGAAAGGCUUGAGAGUUUCACUUUACUAAACAAUUCAUUCACUUCCCAUCCUUUCUCUUCAAAAUCUCAACUCAUAAACACACUUACACACCCUUCUUAAGAGAACACCUAUAGUUAUGUGGUCUCAAAAGAUAAAAAGAAUAUUAGUUCUGUACUUGUGGUAUCUGUGCAAUAUAUUUUGCUGUAUAUGAUUAUCACUUAUCUUCUA